ACCCCAGAAGCAGGCUACGUCGACAUAUUCGGGACAAGAGAGAUCGGUGGAGACCGAAUCGCCGUUCUCCACCAGCUUGCUCCUGGAGAGAGGGUAUCAAGGAGGCGGUGGGAUGACCUCGAGCACGCGAUUGAUGAUGCCAUCGAGUCCCUGAUAAGAGAUCCACGGCUGGUUCCCGGUGCCGGCGCAACAGAGCUGGAGUUGGACAAG